AUGAGUGGCAGAAAUAUUGAUAGAAUGACCAUGUGGGUCAGACAUACUGACAGAGCAGCUAUGAAAGGCAAACAUACUGUCAGAGCGGCCACGAGGGGCAGACGUACUGACAGACAGGCUAUGAGGGCCACAGAUACUGGCAGUUCAACCAUAAGAGGCACAGAUUCCAUGAGAGGAACAGAUACUGACACAGUGGCCACGAAAGACGCAGAUACUGACAUAGUGGCCAUGAGAGAUACAGAUAAUGACAUAGCGGCCAUGAGAGGUACAGAUACUGACAGAGCAGCCAUGGAAGAUACAGAUACUGACACAGUGGCCAUAGAAGAUACAGAUACUCUCAGACCUUCCGUGAGAGGCAGAAAUACUGUCAGAGCGGCCUUGAUAGGCAGAAAUACCUACAGACCAGCCAUGAGGGGCAGAAAUACAGACAGUGAGAACAUGAUGUGCAGACAUAGUCACAGGGCGGCCAUGAGAGGCAGAAAUAAUGACAGAACGACCAUGAGGGUCAUACAUACUGACAGACAGGCCAUGAGGGCCACAGAUACUGACAGUACAAUCAUAGGAGGCACAGAUUCCAUGAGCAGCAGAAAUACUGUCAGAGCGGUCUUGAGAGGUAGAAGUACCUUCAUAGAUAACAUGAUAUGUAGACAUAGUCACAGAACGGCCUUGACGAUCACAGAUACUAGAAGACUGGCCAUGAGUGGCAGAGGUACUGACAGAGCAUCCAUGGAAGAUACAGAUACUGACAAAGUGGUGAUGAGAGAUACAGAUACUGACAGAGCGGCCAUGGAAGAGACAGAUACUGACAGAGCGGCCAUGGAAGACACAGAUACUGACAGAGCGGCCGUGGAAGACACAGAUACUGACACAACAGCCAUGAGAGAUAAAGAUACUGAUAGAGCGGUCAUGAGAGAUAAAGAUACUGACAAAGCGGCCGUGGGAGAUACAGAUACUGAAGUACCUUCAUAG